AUGGAAUACAUGGAAUGGGACGACACUCUAGCCACCCAUGCUCAGCAAUAUUCCGAUAUGUGCAUCUGGGCCCACGGUUUUCCCGACGUGAACAUCACACCGUUCAACCCCGUGGGGCAGAACCUCUGGAACGCCGGGCCGGUCACAGAGUCUGACAGGCCCAACCCGGCAUACGUCGUACAAUCAUGGUUCAACGAAAGGGACUACUACGACUACUCUAGUGGCACAUGCGACGAUGGGUAUGAUUGUGGCCAUUACACACAGGUCGUUUGGCACAGCAGCUCUGCAGUUGGGUGUGGACUAACCUUUUGUCCAACAGCAUCUGAAACAGAAGACACUAACAUCAUGCUAGUAGUAUGCCACUAUGGUGAAGCUGGGAACUAUGCUGGGGAAAAGCCGUACACGAGUGGGACACCCUGUACGAAAUGUGCUUCAGGAAUCGGGCAAUGUUACGAGAAUAAUUGCCGGCCUUGCUCAGAUCCCAACGAUGCAUCAUGUGUUUGCGCUCAGGUUUGUGAGAACUGUGGGACACUGGACGUCACUGCAUGCAAGUGCGAUUGCUUUUGGGGAUACAAUCUGGCUGAUUGUAGUGCUAGAUGCAUUGACAACGCUCUGUGUGGAACUGCACUGACCUACUCCCGAUGUAAUACAGACGCUUCCGUAAGACAAAACUGUCCGGCCAUGUGUGGAGAUUGCUUUGAGUAUCUACCACAGUUUUUCGCAUGUGAUGCUGAUACUGCUGACUAAAUGUUGAAAUCUAGACAGCGUCAACCAACGAGAUUCCCAUCUUGAAUGGCAGUGUAGACUGUUGGUUAUUGCAAAAACCAUCCUGUACUUGAUGUAUCACAACAUAGCCACAACAAACCUUCGAAAGUUAAGACAUAAUCAUCGAAGCUUCGAGAUAAAAAAAGAGA